AUGAAGUCCAUUCUUGUACUCAUUGCGACAGCUUCGUGUGCUGUAUUUGCCGGCCCUAUCAAGCCCGAGCAAGCUCAUCAUCGCCGCGAGGUCACUAAACCGUGGGGUGGUGCUGUGCAAGAGGGCCAAGGUUGGAACUUUGUCACUGGAACGCUUACCGUUCCUGAAAUUAAAGACCAAGAUCCCGAACGUGCUGUUGCCAUAUGGGUCGGCAUUGACGGAUAUAGCUGCCAGAGUGGUGCCAUCUGGCAAACCGGACUGACUUGGUACGGCGAUGGCCGAAUGGAAAACUGGUACGAAUGGUAUCCAGAGCCUCCUUCGGCAUACCCGGAGCCCUUCUCUGCAAGCCCCGGCGACAAGGUCAAAAUGACUGUCCAUGCGGAUUCCCCAACCAGUGGCAACUCCACGCUCGAGAACCUGAGCACAGGACAGUCGGUUUCAACUCAACAUAGUAACAUGCAGCAGCAGCUCUGUCUCCAAGAUGCUGAAUGGGUGCUUGAAGACUUUGAACAGAAGGAACUGGCCGACUUUGGAAGCUUUACCUUCACUGACACUGCUGCCAAUGGUGAGAGUGGUCCGGGGAAUCCAGAGGGGGCAGUCAUAGUGGAAGUAGAGGCGGAUGGACAGGAGAAAACAAGUUGUCGAUCGGAUGCGAAUAGUGUGACGUGCCAGUAUACUGGUAAUUGA